AUGGCCAUUGCACUUCCCGAACACGAAUGCGAGGAAGAAAAACCUAAGGCAUUACCAUGGGCAAUGACCAAAAUCCUAAUCGAUGGGGGUAGCUCCGCCGAGAUCCUGUACUAUGAAACAUUCAAACAGAUGGGUCUUAGACACGAUUGCCUAAUACCCUCUACUUACAACAUAUUUGGAUUUAACGGCUCUUCAACCCGCCCAAGGGGUGAGGUGACAUUGGAAAUCUGGAUGGGAAAAAUCCUCACCUUAACCACUUUCUGUGUGGUAGAUGUACUAUCACCCUACACAACCAUCGUCGGUCGAUCCUGGGUCCAUGGGAUCAAGGGGGUGGCCUUGACUUACCAUCAAAGGCUAAGGUUCCCAACACCCGAUGGAGUUGCGGAAAUCGUCGGAGACUCUAGCGAGGCAAAGUAUUUCCACGAGAUGGAACGACGACAACAAAGUAAACUCUGCAAAAGCAAAAAAGAGGAGAGCCAAGAACGCCAAGAACCAGGCUGA